AUGAGCCGCCUUCGGGAUGCUGGCUGUGUAGCCGCGGGGAUAGUGAUCGGGGCUGGCGCGUGGUACUGUGUGUUCAGAUACGCCAGGGGAAGAGACCAGAAGAAGAAAAGACUGGUCAAGGCCAAACCCAGGGCCGUGGCCGGGACUGGAGCCAAGGCUAGAGCCGGGCUAAGGGCAGGAUUCACAAUCGACCUUGGGCCUGGAUUUGGUCCUCCAGCCCCAGUGCUGGCUGGGGCACAGGACAGGGACCAGGAUGAAGCCUCCACACUGAACGCUGCUGGAGCUGAGGCAGCAGUCCCAGCUGCAGCCAGUGCUGAGGCUCAGAGUGGGGCAGGAAGUCAGGCCCAUGAGGCUGAUGGGGCUGGAGUUGGGCCUAAGGCUGAAACAGUAGUCGCAACUGCAGUGCCUUCUGAAAUGGCACCGCCUCCCAGGGAGGCAGAGACUCCUGGGGCUACAGAGGCUCCCACAAUGCCAGGGACUCCCAAAUUGACAGAAGGCCCCAGUGCAGCUGAGGAUCCUGCAGUGGCACCUCCAGGGGCAGCAGAAGCUGUGAGGGCGAUGGAGGCCCCCAUGGCAGCAGCGCCUACUGAGGUGGCGGAGGCUCCCGGGGUGGCAGCGUCUACUGGGGCGGCAGUGUCUACCGGGGCGGCAGCGUCUACCCGGGUGGCAGUGCCUACCGCUUCUGCAGAGGCUCCCGGGACUUCAGGGUCCUCUAGAACAGCUGCAGUUCCUGGAACAGCAGCCACCAAGAGAGCGACCCCUGGGGCACACACUGGGGCUAUACCCAAGGCCGGGUCAGCGACUGGAGCUGUACCCAAAGGUGGGGCCAAGGGUGGAACCAAGUCCCGUGCUGGAGGCAAAGGCAAGGGCAAGAAAAACAAAGCUGAAGUAGACGAAUUGGGGUUGGGCUUCCGCCCUGGGGAUGGGGCGGCAGUAGCUGCUGCAGCCUCAGCUAAUGGGGGACAGGCUUUCCUGGCAGAGAUCCCUGAUUCUGAGGAAGGUGAGUCCGGAUGGACUGAUACAGAGUCCGAUUCAGACUCUGAGCCUGAUACCCAGCGCAGAGGGAGGGGGAAGAGACCUGCUCACAUGCAGAAGCGCCCCUUUCCUUAUGAAAUUGAUGAGAUCCUGGGUGCCCGUGACCUCAGGAAAGUCCUUACCUUGCUUCAGAAAACAGAUGAUCCUUUCAUCCAGCAGGUAGCUCUGCUCACCCUGAGCAACAAUGCCAAUUAUUCAUGCAACCAAGACACAAUUAGAAAAUUGGGUGGCCUCCCAAUUAUUGCAAACAUGAUCAACAAAACCGAUCCUCACAUUAAGGAAAAAGCCUUAAUGGUCAUGAAUAACCUGAGUGAGAAUUAUGAAAAUCAGGGUCGGCUUCAGGUAUACAUGAAUAAAGUGAUGGAUGAUAUCAUGGCCUCUAAUCUGAACUCAGCAGUACAGGUAGUUGGGCUAAAAUUUUUAACAAACAUGACUAUUACUAAUGACUACCAGCACUUGCUUGUCAAUUCCAUUGCAAACUUUUUCCGUUUGUUAUCUCAGGGAGGUGGAAAAAUCAAGGUUGAGAUUUUGAAAAUACUUUCAAAUUUUGCUGAAAAUCCAGACAUGCUAAAAAAACUGCUCAGUACCCAAGUGCCAGCAUCCUUUAGUUCACUCUAUAAUUCUUAUGUGGAAUCAGAAAUUCUUAUUAAUGCCCUUACUCUAUUCGAGAUCAUCUAUGACAAUCUCAGAGCGGAAGUAUUCAACUACAGAGAAUUCAAUAAAGGUUCCCUUUUUUUCUUGUGCACUGCAUCUGGAGUGUGCGUUAAGAAAAUUCGAGCCUUAGCAAAUCACCAUGACCUCUUGGUGAAAGUGAAAGUUAUAAAACUAGUGGAUAAAUUCUGA